CCCUAUCACAUCAAAUCCCAUAAGGUUGAGGUUCACCAACUUGGCCUCCCCACCAUAGCUUCUACAGCUGGAGCUCUGGCGCCCGCAGAAUUGUUAUAGCAUCGCACUCUUUGCUUUUCGCUUGCUGGCUCCGACGAUGUCUGUAAUUUUGUGCACAGGUAAGUCUCCCCCAGUCGGGCUAUCUCGGCACGCAGAAGCAGAAGCAGAAGCAUCCAGCUGCGCUGCGCUGCGCUGCGCUGCGCUGCACUGCGAAAUCUCAACCACGGCCAUCUUCCCUCCCCAUCCCACGACUGCUUCUCCCCAUAGAAAGGCAGUUUCGAGAUGGCGAGAACUCCUCGAGGUUACGAUGAUGAUGCUGACGAAGAUCUGAUUCUUGCGACAGCUGGUUAUGACCACACCAUCAGGUAUGUCCUCUCACUUUGCGUUCCUUACUACCCCUCCUCUCUCUCCCACCAUCCUGCUCUACCCUCUGUCAACCCCUUCUCUCGCUCCUAUUAUCUACCAUCGAGGCUAAUCAACUCGUCGCUUCAGAUUCUGGGAGGCUCUCUCAGGUAUCUGCUCUCGAACUAUCCAGCACUCCGAGUCGCAAGUCAAUCGACUGUGCAUUUCGCCUGACAAGAGAUUUCUCGCGGCUGCCGGUCACCACAAUGUCAAACUUUACGAUAUCAAGUCGACCAACCCAAACCCUAUCCUAACCUUCGAUGGACACACGGGCAAUGUUACAGGUGUAGCUUUCCACUGCGAAGGAAAAUGGAUGGUUACCAGUUCGGAGGACGGUACGGUUAAGAUCUGGGAGACUCGAAGCGGCUCGGUUCAAAGAAGCUAUCACCACGGUCCACCUGUCAACGACGUCGUGAUCCAUCCAAAUCAGGGAGAGAUUAUUAGCUGUGAUCGUGGUGGAAAUGUCCGUGUUUGGGAUUUGGCGCAGAAUAACUGCUCGCACCAGCUUAUUCCAGAGGAGGACCAACCAGUCUCGAGUGUUACUGUCGCAAGUGAUGGCUCUACCCUUUGCGCAAGCACCAAUUCGGUAAGUUCCCCCUAUGGCCUCAUAUAAGUUGCCACAUCGCUUACAACAGAUAUAGGGCAACGUGUAUGUUUGGCACCUCCUCCAACUUCGCGAGAAGACGCAACUCAUCCCACUCACCCACUUCAAGGCGCACAACUCAACCAUUACCCGUGUUCUCCUCUCCCCAGACGUCAAGCACCUCGCGACCUGCAGUGCCGACUGUACCGCUAAGAUCUGGGAAGUCAAGGAUCUAGAUUCGAUGAUCCCCAAGCCUGGACAACCGCAAAGCGAAGAUGCCGAGAAGCCAUUCAAGCUGGAGAGUACACUCACUGGCCACCAACGCUGGGUCUGGGACUGCGCCUUUAGUGCUGAUUCCGCCUAUCUGGUCACCGCCUGCUCGGAUCACUAUGCUCGGUUGUGGGAGCUUCACAGCCAACAGAUCAUCCGACAAUACAACGGUCACCACCGAGGACUCGUUUGUGUUGCUCUCAAUGACUAUUCCGAGGCUCGUUAGAUUCAUAAUGGAACAUUGCAAUCUGAAGUAAUCUUGGGAUUUGCUACUGGGUUGCUUGUAUUCAAAUUUUCGAGGCGUUCAAGAUGGCUGGCGUAUUUGAUUGCUUGGCGUUGCUGUAAGGGGAUUCUAGCAUAGCAAGGCGUUGCGUCUGUUUCUUUUUGUAGUUGGCUUGCUUAGCUUCAUACCCUGAAAUGAGAUCAAUGAAUAAAUCGAAUUAAAUAUCUAAUAUAAUGCU